AUGAAAGUACCGAUCUCAACAUUAAUAGUCGUAUUACUGGUUUCUGGAUUCAUAAUAGCUACGGUGGUCUCGAUCUUUUCUUUGCAUAAAAAGAAUUGGCUAAAUUUUAACAUUGUCGCAUUCGGAGACUCGCUAACGGACAAUGGCAAUUUGUGGAGGAUGACUAAUGGCACGAUUCCACCGGGGGGCUAUUAUUUUCAAGGGCGGUGGACGAAUGGUUUUGUGUGGGUGGAAUUCUUGGAAUCAAGUUUAGGAGCAAAGUUAACGAAUCGUGCUUUUGGAGGUGCUUUGACAGAUAAUAACUUCAAAAAUUCGAAAUUCCAAAGUUCAUUUGCAAAUUAUUCUGUUCCUUCAGUUAAAGAGCAAGUAGAAGGAAUAUUACCAAACAUAACAAAAUUUCCACCUCAAACAACCUUCACAUUUUGGGCCGGAAGUAAUGACUACAUGAGGAUAUUCGAGAAUAAUCUCACUAUCACGCCUACCGACAUAAUCGAAUCAAUUCAAAGUUCCAUUUCUCUUCUUUCAUCUUCGGGAGCUCGAAGAUUCUUGUUGUUGAACUUACCGCCGAUUCAUCGCAUUCCACGUUACAAAUCCUGUCGCAACCUCACCCUUUUGCAAGACCUUGUCCAAGAACACAACACCCUAUUAAACGAGACAAUAUUAAGUCUCAGCAAGUCAAAGAGGAUUUAUGCCGAGGUGUUUGAUGUUUGGGGGUUAACGGAACGCGUCCUUGCUGACUCGCAAAAAUUCGGAUUCAAGAAUUCUGUCGAUUCUUGCUCAAAUUUGAAUAAUUCUGUCGAUUCUUGCUCAAAUUUGAAUUUUAGUAAACAAGAAUUUUACCACAUGGGAGCAAACAUAGUAAAGACAUGCGAGAAUCCCGACGAGUAUCUGUGGUGGGAUGACGCGCACCCGACAACGAAAGCACACGAAUUGUUUGCCAAAGAGAUCUCAACGUUUCUCAAUAAUGGUCAAAGGAAGAGACUUGAUAACAUAUAG